AUGCCAGAAGUGAUUGAACUAACUGCUAUUGCUGCUGCUGAUACUGAGAAAAAAAAGAAUUUAAUUUUAUUUGAAUUAAAGGAGUGCCCGAAUUGGUACAACAAUUGGAGGCUGAAUAUUGGUGCAGAAGUGGUGCACUCGACGUUUACAUCAGUUUACCCUGCAAAGCAGUUGGAAAUCCGUCGCCAAUUAUUGAAUGGUAUAAAAAUGGAGUUGAAAAGGUUAAUUUACAUAUUAAUUGCAUUCAUCAUUUGUUCAAAAAAAAAAAAAAAUGUGGAUCCGGCAAACGAUGAUACAAAAUUGAUGCUAAUCGGUGGUACAUUGAUAAUACCGUGUAAUAGUGCAUCUAGCAAGACUCGGUCUGGAAUCUAUGCUAGCUAUCACUGUGUAGCAUCUAACAAAUAUGGUUCUGUUCGAAGUAUAUCUACAGUUGUAAGGCCGACGUUUAUUGGGCAGUUUGAUCCACAACGGUAUCCGUUAGACGUGUUUCCGUUUGGCUAUGUUGGCGGUACAAGAAUUGACUGUCAAUCUCCUGUUCAUUAUCCGAAGUCAUAUUCCUAUUCCUGGUUAAUUGGUGGAUCUACAGAUGUAUUUAUUAAACCAGACCAACGAAUAUUUGUGUCUCGUGAUGGCACACUUUUUUUUUCUCAUAACAUACCUACAGAUGCUACCAGUUAUGCCUGUCUGCUAUCGUUAACAACUAUGCACGAAGGUCAUUAUGGACCGUUUUUUAACUUACGGCUUCCAGACACUCUAAGUGACAAAUCAUUUGCACCACGUAUUGACGACAUGCAACCCCAGAUUUUCCCUGAGCAUCCUCGUAUUGGUGACACUGUUUACAUUGAGUGUUUUGCCUAUGGCAGACCACCUCCAAAAUAUCAGUGGACUAGAACAAGUGGCGAAAUACCUCACUCUCGAGGAUCUUUGACCAACUAUGAUCGGGUUUUAACAAUCGUCUCUAUUAGACCAGAAGAUUCAGGUAUUUAUAAAUGCACUGCGGAAAACGAAUUCGGCAGCGACAGCGCAGAUGUAAUGCUAAAAAUCGAAACGCCACCAAACAUCUUAUGGCCUUUGAAAAAUAAAAUACUUCCAACAAAUUCUACAGCACAUUUUGAAUGCCUUACCAACUCUAAAGAAUCAAAUACUGAGUGGUUCAAAGAUUCUAUUCCGAUCACGCCUUUGUUAAUGUCGCCAGAAGACCGUGGUCGAUAUUCAGUACGCGAAUCCAUCCUGUCAAUAAGUGAUAUUCGGCCAUCUGACAGUGGAAUGUACCAGUGUUUUGUUUCCAAUGAAAUUGGAACCGUAACGUCAUCAGCACACCUCAGUGUAACCGAUAUUCCACCGAAGUUUGCUACUGCUUUAAUGCCUAAGAAAUUGUUUGCUGUAGUUGGGUCUGACCUGGCAGUUCCUUGCAUAUAUUACUCAUUACCACUGGGGACCGUAGAAUGGUUUGAUAAAUUUGGAAAAAAAGUUGGUUCAGAUGGCCGUAGACGGCAUAUGGAUGAUCCACAAAAUCAGCUGCACAUUGAGAGCAUUAUGCUUCAUGAUGAAGGAAUCUAUGUUUGUCGUGUUACCAAUCACUUUAGUGACCCUACUAAAACAACUAUGUAUUCGUGCCUAAUUCUUCUUGCAGGAAGGCCAGCCCUAUCAGUAAAGCCGUUAAACCAACGGAUAAGUCCCAAUGAGAAAAACGUUAAAAUAGGUUGCGAAAUUGAAGCUUUGUGUGAGACGUUGUCAGAUUGCCCAGAUGCUUCCAUCGCUUGGCUCUCAAAUGGCAAUCCACUGACGUCGCUUCAACAGUUUGAGAAAAUAAUUCCAGUGAUAACAGAGGAUAUUCAUAUUGGUAACGCAGAACAGUUUGCCAAAGUGAAGAUGAAAUCUGAAAUAAAGGUAGAUUUGAAAUCUGAAAUAAGGCUGCCACCUAAAUUGGGUAUUUAUCGCUUAGGCGAAUUUGCAUGUAUUUCAUCAUUUGGCGGCGGUACUUCAGAAAUAAUGCCAAGUAAUUCUAUCUAUACUCCAGUAUUGUCCGUCAAAAAUGCAUCAGCAACAGCAAUAACAUUUACGUGGAAAAACCCUUCGUUACCUCAUAGUCUUCCAGCAUCAAAUAAGGUCCUGUCAAAAAUUUAUGCUUUGGAUUUCAGAAUCAGACCAAGGCAGUCGUUUGGAACAAUCGAUUCUGUUCACGAAACAGUGUGGGUAAAAACGUUACCCAAACAAACACAUUCAACGGACUUGGAUCUGCAGUAUCUUAAAUUGGAUUCUUCACAUUUUAUGGUUUCUUGGAAGCCAACGCAGUCAGACGAUGGUCUUCAAGUUCGAUCUCGUAUAUUGUGGGCCACACCAAUCGAAAAAGGUAGCGCAGUAACUGCUGAGCAUAGUUAUGUGAUAAACCUAAAUAAACAUCAACCAGGCUGCUAUGAGCUGAUAAUUACAGUUGAGCUUCUGAACUCUACAGAUAUUCCAGUCGCUGAAGAUGGUUUAAUUGCUUAUGUUUCCUCCGAUGCUCCAAAGCGAGUAGCGGUUGACCUGUUGGCAGAUAGUAUAACUUCAGCAAGUGUUCGUCUGACAUGGCAGUGGAAGGGUAUAAGUGAAUGUGAAACGCCUAAUCGAAUACAAGUGUCUUGUAAAACGUUACCGGAAACAAAACGUUACGAUAUAUUUGUACGGUCAAACUUAACAGAGGUUUUACUGACAAAUUUGCUAUCUAAAAUGAAUUACUAUUGCUCAAUAAGGGCCUACGAUGGUAAACGGCGAGUUGGUAAUUGGAGUAAACCAGUUCAUUUUGUUACUAAAAGUGAGCCACCAACAAUGAAACCAAAGAUGAAAAGUUGGAUAGUGGAAAAAAGAGUGAGUGAUAACAGCAGAUUUUAA